AUGAAUUCCAAUUCAAAUCGCCUCAUUUUUAGAGUUCGAUGCUCCUCACUUGGAAAAAGAGGAAUAACUUUGUUAGGAGUUUCUAGUCGAGCACUUCCAAAGGAGCUUUUCGGGGUUGAAGUCGUCGUUGGGUGGUGGAAGGGCGAUGGACAGCGAUGGAUUUUCUGGUUUCGAUUUGGUUUGGAAAAGGUACAAAAGGCAUUGCUACAAUCAGAUGUCCAAUCAAAAUAUGAUAAAACUCCUGUAACAGUGGCUGAUUACGGUUCACAAGCUGUUGUUAGCUAUAUUCUGGAGAAAGAGUUGCCAUCAAUGUCAUUUUCACUAGUGGCUGAAGAGGAUUCAGAAGACCUCCGCAAAGAAGAAGCCCAGGGUACUCUAAAGCGCAUAACGCAACUUGUGAAUGAAACCCUUGCCAGUGAUGGAAUGGCAGAUGUGUUGCCUUUAUCUGUGGAAGAUGUACUUGUUGCCAUUGACAAUGGAAAAUCUGAUGGCGGUCCUCAUGGUCAGCACUGGGUUUUGGAUCCUAUUGAUGGCACCAAAGGAUUUUUACGGGGAGACCAGUAUGCCAUUGCAUUAGCAUUGUUAGAUGAAGGGAAAGUUGUGUUGGGAGUGUUGGCCUGCCCAAAUCUUCCUUUAUCAUCUGUUGCCAGCCACAAUCAGCUCAUUUCUAAAGAUGAUGUUGGUUGUCUUUUUUAUGCCCAAGUUGGUACUGGAACUUAUAUGCAGAGUCUAGAUGGCUCCAAGGCAACAAAGGUACAUGUUUCUGCAACUGAAAACCCUGAAGAAGCAUCAUUCUUUGAAUCUUUUGAAGCAGCACAUUCGAUGCAUGACUUAUCUGGUCUGAUAGCCAAAAAACUCGGUGUUAAAGCACCUCCUGUUAGAAUAGACAGCCAAGCAAAGUACGGGGCUUUGUCUAGAGGAGACGGAGCAAUAUACCUGCGUUUCCCUCACAAAGGAUACCGAGAAAAGAUAUGGGACCAUGCAGCUGGAUACAUAGUUGUUGCAGAAGCUGGAGGUGUGGCUACAGAUGCUGCUGGAAAUCCUUUGGACUUCUCGAGGGGAAGAUAUCUCGACUUGGACACUGGCAUAAUAGUUACAAAUCAGAAGUUGAUGCCGGCUCUCUUGAAAGCUGUUCAGGAGUCUCUAAAGGAGAAAGCUUCGUCCUUGUGA